GACAAAAAAUGGAACACACCAGCAGUGUGAGGAGACCUGAAAGUGGCACAUGGCAUGGCAGAGUGUGGCGAUGGAGACAGCAGCAAUGGGAGGCCGUACAGGGACCCAUGACACACUCUGGACCUGGCAGCAGCAUGAGGAGGCGGCGGUACAGGGGCCCAUGGCAGAUUACGGGCCUGGCAGCAGCAAUGGGGGGCCCGUAAUCUGCCAGCACCCUAUGACAAAAAAUGGAACACACCAGCAGUGUGAGGAGAUCUGAAAGUGGCACAUGGCAGAGUGUGGCGAUGGAGACAGCAGCAAUGGGAGGCCGUACAGGGACCCAUGAGAGACUCUGGACCUGGCAGCAGCAUGA